AUGAAGGCAGCAAGCAGCAUUCUCCUGGCCUCUGCCGCCUUGAGCACCGCUCAAAUCAUCAAAAAUGGAAAUGGAACCUACACAUGUGCUCUUCCUUCAGGAGCGUAUUGUGUUUCGGCAUCUCUCGAGAGCAAUAUGAUCAUUCGCUGCAACAAUGGCAUCGGUUAUGCCAGCAGUUGCGAUGAUCGUCUGUAUGACAAAGCUCCUCUUGGCUCCUCUUACUCUCCCUGCUGGCAGGCAUCUGCUAGAUCUGGAAAUGCACAAUGCUCCAAGAACGGAAUUAUUUAUCCAGAUGGCAACAACACCACACCUUAUCCCGUGCCGAACUACCAGACUAUCAGCGCCAGCAUCUCUAGUGCCGCUACAGCCACCACACAAGCAACCAAAUGGCCUUACGUCGCCAACUUCACAACAAGCACCACCACAUCCACAAGCACAAAUACGCACACUACCACCGUCUAUCUCUCGGCUAUCGGAUAUGGUGCAUACUCAAACUCAUCAUCUCCUUACUACAACAAUGCAACUGCAGACGGCAAUCUCGCUGCCGCCGCCGCUACGACCACCUCAGCAUCUGUGCCAUACCUGCCAUACUUCCCAGCACCGGUUGUACCCACAUCCACUCAAUACACCACCGAUAUCGUUUACAGCUACACGACGAUUUGUCCCGCUGGCGCCACAGUCACUGACUCUGCGGGCUCAGAAGCAGUACUCGCAACGCCCUCAACCAUCACCUUGACCACCACUUCUCGCAGCACUGUCACUGCAACUGCAAUUGUCUCGUUGCAUUCACCAAUCUUUGCAUUCGACGCUUCGAGUACUACCGAAGCCGCAAGUGUGUACGCUCCUAUCGCCACUGCUGUAGCUGCUGCUCCUUAUGUCUGGAACAAUGCUACCUGGGGUAAUGUGACCACUUUGUCCUCGGUAGCCAGUGGCGCACCCGUUGCUGUUGUAGCUCCUGCAGCUUCUGCUUCUGCCUCGGCUUCCUACCCGGCAUGGAACGGCACUGUGGUUCCAUACACCGGUGCUGCUAGCAAGACCGGUGUCUCCUUGGUUGCUGCCAUUGCUGCAGUGGUCGCUUUGCUCUAA